UGAGUUUGGCCUUGAGUUUGUCAGAGACUUGAACAGAGGACAACUAAGUGAAAUGAUUUGACUCUUAAAACGUAUAUUCGAACAACUUCAAAGUAGGCAAAAAAGAAAAGUUAAACCUCCAGAAUGGGCUGCAUUCAAAGCUUCAGGGAAUUCUGUGAUCGUCCAAAAAAUACAAAUGUUCGUCUUAGUCUUCCAGCAGUGUGCAUAGUGUGGCAAACAGCCAUGAUCAUCUUGUUUGGGGUUUUUAUUCGUUAUGACGAGGAGUCCGAUUCACACUGGAUAGAGCACAGGAAAGCAGCAAACAUAUCAAGUGAUAUUGAGAAUGACUUCUACUUCAGAUAUCCAAGCUUUCAGGAUGUCCAUGUGAUGAUCUUUGUGGGCUUCGGCUUUCUGAUGACUUUUCUCAAGCGCUACAGCUUUGGCGCCGUGGGUUUCAACUUCCUCAUCGCAGCGUUUGGCAUCCAAUGGGCGCUGCUAAUGCAGGGCUGGUUCCACUCCCUGGAUUACACUGAUGGAAAGAUCAAAAUUGGUGUUGAAAAUUUAAUUAAUGCAGAUUUCUGUGUGGCGGGCUGCUUGAUUGCCUAUGGAGCUGUGCUGGGUAAAGUCAGUCCAGUCCAGCUGAUGGUCUUGACUCUCUUUGGCGUCACAUUGUUUGCUGUGGAGGAAUAUAUCAUUCUCAGUCUCAUACAUGCUCGAGAUGCAGGAGGCUCCAUGGUGAUCCACACAUUCGGCGGGUAUUACGGCCUUGCCAUCUCAUGGAUGCUCUAUCGACCCAACCUGGACCAGAGUAGUCGUCUGCAGGGCUCAGUCUACCACUCAGAUGUCUUUGCUAUGAUAGGUACUAUCUUCUUAUGGAUGUUCUGGCCCAGUUUCAAUUCAGCCAUCACCGACCACGGGGACGGUCAGCACCGAGCUGCCAUCAAUACCUACCUGGCGUUGGCUUCAACAGUGCUCACCACUGUGGCCUUCUCAAGCCUCUUCCAGAAGCACGGAAAAGUAGACAUGGUUCACAUUCAAAACUCCACUCUCGCCGGCGGUGUUGCAGUCGGAACUGCAGCAGAGUUCAUGCUGAUGCCCUACGGGUCUCUGAUAGUUGGGUUCUGCUGUGGUAUCAUCUCCACAUUGGGUUAUAUCUUCCUCACGCCAUUUAUGGAGAAGCACCUGAAGAUUCAGGACACCUGUGGAAUCCACAACCUCCACGCCAUGCCUGGGCUCAUCGGUGGCAUUGUGGGUGCUAUUACUGCUGCAGCUGCAUCCAACUCCGUGUACGGUAAAGAAGGUCUGAUUAACACCUUUGACUUUGAGGGUGAUUUUGAAGAGAUGACACCCACACGACAGGGUGGUCACCAGGCCGCAGGCAUCUGUGUGGCUGUCUGCUUUGGUGUAGGUGGAGGCAUCAUGGUCGGUUUUAUUUUAAGGUUACCCAUCUGGGGCGACCCGGCCGAUGACAACUGCUUUGACGAUGAAGUCUACUGGGAGAUGCCUGAUGAGGAGGAAAGUAUUCCACCAGUGCUGCAGUACAACAACCACAUGCUGAACAAAGACGUAACUGAGUCAAAUUUCACCGUGGAGCAGAACUGACCCAACGUCUUGAUUCUGAGGCUUUACUGUCCUCUGUUGAUCCCUUUUUAUUCUCUUGCUGGACAAUAGAUAAUGAAAUAAAUAUCGGGCAGCCAAUGAGUACAUUUCUGUAAAAUGGAAAAUCUAACUCAAAUGUGAAAAUAUCAAAUAUGAUCAUGUUAUCAAUUUGUAUGGUUAAAUUAUUUGCACAAAGUCUAACUGAAUAUUUACACAAUGCCGGUUCACAAUAUGAAUUUGGCCAAUUUAGGAAGCAAGACACGAUGAGGCCAUUGUAUUUCCUUGCUCAGCUCAUGUUUGAUUUGUUGUUAUUUGAGAAUUACAAAUCUCGAACUGGAAUUACUACAAUGCUGUUUGUGCCGAAUAAAAUGUUUUGCAUGUGAUGAAAGAUGAAAUCAGAAUAGAUCACUCAAACUCUUCUUGCAUUGCUCUGUUAUUGUCAUUGGUGUGUUGGAUGCAUGAAAACUGCCACACCUGCAUCAUGACAUCAUUUUAAAAGACAUCAUCAGUAGCAGCUGCCCCAAAUAACAUUUACCGCUUGCAUACAUGCGCAAAACAAACACAUACUGAUUUUUGUGAUUUUUUUUUGAUGAGUGUUGAGCUGGUUUUGUGUGUGUGAGAGAGUUUUUUUGUUAAGCGUUUUUUGCUUGUGAGAGGUAAACGUUAUUUUUGGCCUCCUUAUAUAAAAGUCAACUUCCCUGUGAGUUAUUGUAAACAUGAUUAUCCUGUUUUCUGUUCAUGGUAUGUAAAUAAAAUAUUUGCAACAUA